UCUGCAUUGUAGCAUCGCGGCGGCUUUGGAACUGCGCUCUCAACUGUUUCGCGUUUCUUGCGGUCGACGCGAUUGAUGUGAGACGGGAAACCGCAUUUAUGUUCUUUCACCCCGGUAAUGGCAAACUUUAGUGUGAAACGGAGUGCGAGUGAUUCCGAGGAACAAAACCUGAUGUUGUACAGAAAAAAGACUGAUUCGCGGAAUGACGUGGACAAGGAACCAAAAGACUUAACAAAUAGGACGAUGUUUCCAAGUGCACAGAUAAAAAUGAGGAUGAUGUCGCCCAGCAGCUCGCCCGCCACCUCCCCCACCAUGUCCAACUCGUCGUCGCCCACUCCGCCAGCGGUCAACUACAACAAAAUCACGGGCAUCCCCUGCGUGGCGGCGGCCUCCAGGUACACCGCCCCCGUCCAUAUCGACGUGGGGGGCACGAUAUACACCUCAUCGCUGGAGACGCUCACCAAGUAUCCCGAAUCCAAGUUGGCCAAAUUAUUCAACGGCAGCAUACCUAUCGUUCUGGAUUCCUUGAAACAACACUACUUCAUCGACCGUGACGGAGGAAUGUUCAGGCACAUCCUGAAUUUCAUGAGAAAUUCCCGCCUGUUAAUCCCCGACAAUUUCCAGGAUCUGGAUCUGUUAUUAGAGGAAGCGAAAUAUUUCGAAAUAGCACCCAUGGUGCGGCACUUGGAACAAAUGAAGAAGGAGCGCAUAAAAAACGGAGUGGUUUCCCCUAGCACCCUCAAAUCGCUGACGGGAGACAGUUCCGGCCAUACCCAAAGAAACAGUUUCCGGCAGGGCGGGCAGGAGACGUACGAGUGCGUCGCCCUCCACGUCAGUCCGGAUCUGGGGGAGCGAAUCAUGCUCUCCGGAGAUCGCUCCCUCCUCGACGAGGUCUUUCCGGAAACCAACCAAGCCGUUAUGGACGUCAGAUCGGGGGUGGCGUGGAAUCAGCAGGACGCUCACCACGUCAUAAGAUUUCCCCUGAACGGCUACUGCAAGCUCAACUCCAUGCAGGUGAUCACCAGACUGCUGAACGCGGGGUUCAAGAUCGCCGCCAGCAACGGCGGCGGGGUGGAAGGCCAGCAGUUCUCCGAGUACCUGUUCAUCAGAAAAGUGCUGCCCGGCUGACCGGCCGCCCCCCGAACAACUGACAAUCAGCGUUCGCGUCGACGCAAAGCCCCCUAUUUAUGUUUCCGUUAGAAAUUUAAAAAUAAAAAAGGAGAUAGGCCUUAAUUUAAUCUGGAGAUCUAAUUGUUAACGCAUUCGUUCGAUGGUUUAAUGCUAUUAAAUGUAAAUAAUUAUUAUUAAUAAUGUAUUUCCCAUUGGAGCACUUGUUUCGCUGAUCUCAUUAGAUCUAAUCGGCUGUGAUCCGUUUUAAAACAGUGAUGACUGGAUUGCUCUCGGGCAACUGGCGGAUCGACAUUAUACUGUUUGUAAAAUAUAAUGCUAUAUACUUCACAAUAAAAUUAGGUAUUAUUAACA